AUGCCGGACAACGUGCCAGCGGAAAAAGAGGUUAUGUUUGCCUCUACUAUGUUACCGUUUAACAUAAAGGCACAUAACUUGGCCGUGGAGUGGAAAAAUUGGAGCAAACAAUUUAAGAUCUACUUAUUGGCUUCUAAUUUAGAUUUGCAGUCCGAUAAGAGAGAGGUGGCGUUAUUGUUGCACAAUAUGGGACCGCAGUGCCUCGAGAUUUUUAAUUCAUUUAAUGAGGAGAUCGACACUAUUAAAUAUGAGAACUUACUAAAAAGGUUUGAACUACAUUUUAUACCGAAGGUAAAUUUGGCCAUGGAACGACAUACGUUUUUUACCCGCCGACAAAAAACGGAGGAGUCAAUAGUUCAGUACGCAACAGCCUUGGAAAAUCUAAGUAACACCUGUGGUUUUGGCACACUAAGACAAAGUCUUGUCAAAGAUAUUUUUAUUUGCGGCCUGUCCGAUAGUUACAAAAAUGUAAAAGAAAGAUUAUUGAGUGAAGGCUCAAUAGAAUGGUCAAGAGCUUUGGAAAUUGCCAAGAGUAUGGAAAUGGCAAAAGAAAAUAUGGCCAGCAUACAUGGUGAAAAAACAGAAGACUCGAUGAUAGCAGCCCUACAACAUAGAAAAAAGAAAUACAACCAUACGUAUCAACAAAAACAACAACAUAAACCAAUACAACAAUAUGAUAAGUCGGUGUUAUGUAAAAAAUGUGGUCAAACACACAAAAAUAAAUGUCCAGCAGAGGGCGCAGUUUGUCAUGCAUGCGGAAAAGCAAACCAUUAUGCAAAAAUGUGUUUUCUAAAAUCCUAUGGUAAAAAGCAACAACCAAAGAAGUUUGUCAAAAAGAUUGGUGAAAAUGAAAACUCGGAUGAAGAAAAUCGCUUAAUGAAGUAA